UGUGACUUCCAGACGAGAUCUCCCAUUAAUCUAUGGUGCAGGUAAACAAGGCAGCUGUAUGCAAUGUGUAACAUUCAUAGAAGCCUUUUAACACAACCGCCUUCCGAUCACAAAGUUUAUUUAUCAUUUCCUGGGGAAUAUUCAACUCAGAUAUGUUAAUUUGGACGACAUGGGAGAUCUUUAAGAUUAAACUGGAUUGAAAAAAGAAAUUUGGGCGGUGCCUCUGUGUGGAGAGACAAUUUUACCAAAAUGACAUCCAAACAUAUAACUCCUUUUAUUACUGGCUUACGUAGCCGCAAUGACGAAAGUCGACUGGCAACAGCCUACGAACUUUAUCGUUAUGUUAACACUGAUGUUCCUGAGAUGCCUUUAGAUGACCAGAAUGCAUUCAUUGAUGAGAUUAACCACAAUGUCUUUGAGAUGGUAUCCAGUAGCGAAGUGCAUGAAAAGAAAGGAGGAAUUUUGGCUAUUGCCACCCUAGUUGGUGUUGAUAUUGGAAAUGCAGCUACAAAAAUUAGCCGUUUCGCUAAUUACUUGAGAAACCUUGUUCCAUCCAGUGAUGUUGGCUUGAUGGAAAUGACAGCUAAAGGGAUGGGCAUAUUAGCUCUGUCUGCUGGUAACCACGCUGCUGAGUAUGUGGACUUUGAGACCAAGAGAUCUCUGGAACUUUUAGCUGGUGAAAGACAUGAAGGCCAACGUUAUUCAGCAGUCCUUAUUCUGAAGGAGUUGGCUACUUUUACCCCAACAUUCUUUUUUCAACAAGUUCCACAGUUUUUUGAAAAUAUCUUCAAUGCUGUUAGAGAUCCCAAGCCUGCUGUCAGAGAAGCUGCCGUAGCUGCAUUACGGGCAACACUUGCUGUUACAUCACAACGAGAGACGAAAAGAGAUCACAGUGAAGACUGGUACAAAACUUGUCUAGAAGAAGCCUUGAGGCCAUACAGUGAUGCUCUUGCUAAAGAAAAACGUCUCAACAAGGAUGAUUGGCUGCAUGGAUCUUUACUGAUAAUCAAUGAACUUCUACGAUGCAGUAACAUGGAAGGAGAGCGCCUUCGUGUUGAAAUGGAGGACUUGGCCAUUCAGCAAAACACGUUUGAGAAAGCAGUGAAGGAAUUCUCUCCACGCCGCAGAUCCCCUGCCAACACCAGUGGCUUCCAACAACUACAUCAAAAGUCUCCUUUAAUAGUCUUCGAUGCAUCACAUGCAUCAGCACCUCAGAAAAGAGGUCUCUUUGAAAGUAGAGUUUGCAAAGAGCUAAUGACCAAAAACUAUGACAAGGUAGCUAACUUGGUUCAUCAACUUUACCAAGGAAAUCGUAGCAGCUAUGUACAACAAGUCAUGCUGAAAGCCAUUCCUAGGUUGGCAGCUUUUGAUCCAGAGUUGUUUUCCAGAACGUACCUUCGAGACACCAUCGUAUACUUGCUUAAUGCUUUGCGGCGUGAUAAAGAAAGGGCUGCAGCAUUCCAAGCAGUGGGUCUCCUGGCAGUUGCUGUGAAGGAUAACAUCUUCAGCUUUUGCAAUCGGAUCAUGGAGUUUGUGAGAAGUGCUCUACCACCCAAGGAUUUACCACAAAAGAAACAGAAAGCUAUCUCUGUGGAACCUUCCGUUUUUACCUGUAUCAGCAUGUUGGGGAGAGCUUUGGAGACUUCAAUUGCUCGUGACAUGAAGGACAUCUUGGACUCCAUGCUGUUCACAGGUUUAAGUCCUGCAUUGACAGCCGCACUGCGGGAUCUGGCUACCUAUAUCCCCCAGAUGAAGAAAGAUAUCCAAGAUGGGUUACUUAGGAUGUUGUCCUUGAUUCUGAUUGGUCGACCACUUCAGCAUCCUGGUGCUCCCAAGAAUUUACCCAUUGGGUCGUCUGCUGGUAGUGAUUCUCAAGAUGACACUAGUAUUACAUUGGCACUCUCAACUCUGGGCAGUUUUGAUUUUGAAGGUCAUUCUCUCACUCAAUUUGUGUUGCAUUGUGCGGAGAAUUACUUGUGCAGCCGAUCCAAGAAAAUCCGAUCUGAAGCAAUACGUACAUGUGCAAGACUUUUGAUUCCAUUGUUAACUGCUCUUGAAGGUCAACAGAAGCAUAGUAUGAAGACAAUGAACACAGUGGCUGAUGUUUUGAAAAAAUUACUGAUAGUUGGUAUCACAGAUCCAGAGCCAGAGAUCCGCUAUUGUGUUCUUUCUGUGCUAGAUGAGCGUUUUGACCCACAUCUUGCUCAAGCCGAAAACCUGAACGCUCUUUUUGUUGUUCUCAAUGAUGAAGUCUUUGAGAUACGGGAGCUUGCUAUUUGCAUAAUUGGUCGUCUUAGCAACAGAAAUCCUGCAUAUAUUAUGCCGACAUUAAGAAAAACAUUAAUCCAGAUUUUGACUGAACUCGAACACAGUGGAGUGGGUCGUAGCAAGGAACAGGCUGCCCGUGUGCUUGGUCAUCUCGCCUCCAAUGCUUCUCGCUUAAUCAGACCGUAUGCAGAACCCAUUCUCAAGGUAUUGAUUCCCAAGUUAAAAGAACCAGAUCCACAUCCUGGUGUCACAAUCAGUGUAUUAGCAGCCAUUGGAGAACAAGCUGAGGUCAGUGGUUUGGAGAUGAGGAAGUGGGUUGAUGAAUUAUUGCCUAUUAUUCUGAACACCUUACAGGAUCUUACAUCUGUUGAGAAGAGAGAAGUUUCUCUUUGGACUUUAGGCCAAUUGAUUGAGAGCACUGGCUAUGUUGUAGAACCUUACCAAAAAUAUCCUGCUCUAUUGGGAAUUCUUCUUAAUUUCAUGAAAACAGAGCAGACACAUAGUGUCAGACGAGAGGUUGUACGUGUGCUGGGUAUCCUGGGAGCAUUGGAUCCCCAUAAAAACAAAUUAAAUGUGAGUCGAAUGAAAGAAGAAUCUGGAUUGACUCUGAGUGGCGCCUCAAUUGACUCGUUUGUGAUUAACAAGUCUUCUAGUGAUUCACAAACAUCAAUUCCUCUGGCUGACUACAGUACCAAUGAACUUCUAGUAAUGAUGGGUGCUCCAACCUCCUUAGAAGACUUCUACCCUGCUGUUGUUGUGUCGGCACUGAUGAGGAUAAUGCGUAAGGCUUGCUUUAGCUCGGACCACUCUUUACUCAUCCAGUCUAUUUCAUUCAUAUUUAAAAGUCUUGGGUCUAGAAAUGUACCCUACUUUGACCAGAUUGUUAAUGCAUAUGUGACAGUCACCCGCAAAGCUGAAGUUAAUGUGAAAGAGUUCAUGUUCCAGCAACUGGGAUUUUUAGUCACCUUUGCUAAACAACAUGUGCGGAACUUUCUGGGAGAUAUUUUCCAACUAAUUAAGGAAAAUUGGACUAUGAAAAGCCAAGAUCAGAAUAUAUAUCUAUCGUUGUUAGAACAGUUAGUGCACGCUGUUGGCUCUGAAGUAAAACCUCAUCUUCCACAAAUUGUACCUCAGAUCUUACGUAUACUAAUGUAUGAUACAAGUAAACAAAGAGAAUACACUUUGCAACUGCUUGAAGUCCUCCAGUUAUUUGGUUCCAGUUUGGAUGAUUGCCUUCAUGUACUUUUGCCCUACAUCAUUAAAUUGUUUGACUCUAAUGAUGUUCCUCUCAAUGUUCGCAAAAUGGCUUUAGAAACUGUUGAUGUCUUUACUGAAGAUUUAGACAUGACAGAUUUUGCAUCUCGCUUGGUUCAUUCUUUUGUCCGUACCAUUGAUUCAACCCCAGAACUAAUACCUACCACUAUGGACACUAUGUGUUCUAUGAUGCUUCAAUUGGGACAAAAAUUCCUCCUGUUUGUACCUAUGGUUAACAAAACAGUGGUUCGACACAAAAUUGUCCAUCAACGAUUCGAAAUUAUUCUCACCAAGAUCACCAAAGGUGGCCUAGGUGAUGAAGCUCCUGAAGGACUGUUAACUAGGCGACGACAGAGGAAAAGGAAAGAUUCAAAUGCUGAAAAUACUUCUGAGUUACCAAUGAGCAAAAAAUUACAUGUAUUUUUUACCAAUUUGCAGAAGGUCCUCACGCCAGCUCGACGGGUUUCUAAAGAAGACUGGAAUGAGUGGCUACGACAAUUAAAUAUUGAGCUUUUAAAAGAGUCCCCAGUGCCAUCGUUACGUUCAUGUUGGGCUCUGGCUCAAGUACACAACCAACUAGCAAGAGAUUUGUUAAACCCAGCCUUUGUAUCCUGUUGGACUAACCUCAAUGAAAGUCAGCAGGAUGAGCUAGUGCAAUGUCUGGAGAAUGCACUAAAUUCUCAGGAGAUUCCAGAGGUCACACAAACACUUCUGAAUUUAGCUGAAUUUGUUGAACACUGUGAUAAGGGUCCCCUACCGUUGGAGCUAAAGGUCUUGUCUCAACGAGCAAUGCGGUGUCGUGCCUACGCAAAAGCAUUGCACUACAAAGAGGAUGAAUUCCAUCGAGCUCAUACACGAGAGACACUUGAAGCCCUCAUCAGCAUCAACAACAAACUUCAACAGCACGAAGCAGCCGCUGGAGUUCUUGAAUAUGCUCGGAAGAACCGUCUUGCAGAUUUGAUCGAGGAAACUUGGUAUGAGAAGCUGCAUGAAUGGGAAAAGGCUUUGAAAGCCUAUGAGAAGAAACAAGAAACUCAUCCUGAUGACAAGAAUUGCAUUCUUGGAAGAAUGCGUUGUCUAGAAGCUUUAGCAGAAUGGGGUUCCCUGAACCAACUUGCUAGUGAUACAUGGUGUAUAGCAAACGAUGAGCUCCGAACUAAGAUGGCUCAGUUAGCUACUGCAGCUGCCUGGGGUCUAGGGGAUUGGAAUAGUAUGGAAGACUACCUGACGUUCAUCCCAAGGAACACUUAUGAAAACUUCUUCUAUAGAGCCGUCUUUUCUGUUCACAAUGAAAACUAUUCCCAAGCUUUUCAGUUUAUUGACAAAGCCAGGGAUAUUUUAGACACAGAGUUAACAGCAAUGGCAGGAGAAAGCUAUGCAAGAGCAUAUGGGCCAAUGGUAAAUGCUCAGAUGUUAUCUGAACUGGAGGAAGUAAUUCAGUACAAAUUGAUACCAGAGCGGCGAGAUGUUAUUAAACAGAUGUGGUGGGACCGAUUACAGGGUUGUCAAAGGGUUGUUGAAGACUGGCAGAAAAUUAUACAAGUUCGAUCAUUGGUAAUUAGUCCUCUGGAAGGAGUCAAAACAUGGUUGAAAUAUGCCAGUCUUUGUCGGAAGAGUGGCCGGCUGGCCCUGUCACAGAAGACCCUCGAGAUGUUAAUGGGUGUAGAUCUCUCCAAACAAAGCAACAACAAUUUACCUACAGAUAUGCCAAUGGUUACAUUUGCAUACAUCAAACAUAUGUGGCUCUGUAAUCAAAAGCAAGACAGUUUUGCAGCCUUGCAACAAUUUAUUCAUCAAACCCAACGACAGAGUGAAGUCCUGCUGUCCACUGGAGAUGCGGCUGCUGUCACUGAACUUCGUAAACUAUUAGCCAGAUGCUACUUGAAACAAGGAGAUUGGUUACUCGAAUUAAAUGGUAUUGAUGAUAGCUCAAUUGCAAAAGCUUUAGACAGCUUUAAAAUGGCCCAGGAUAGAAACAAGAAUUGGUAUAAAGCUUGGCAUGCUCUAGCUCUAACCUACUAUGAAGCCGUUUUGUAUUACAAAAAGAAAGAAAUGUCUGCUGCAAACCUCUCUGCAUCAUCAGCAAGUCAAACUGAAGGGGCUGUAGCCACUGGGAAAGAAGCUCCUCCAGACAUUGGUAUGAAGGCACAAAGCCAUAACACACCUAAUAUUUUACUACAUUGCGUUCCUGCAGUUCGUGCUUUAUUUAAAGCCAUCUCACUAUCAAACCAGAACAGUUUACAGGACACUCUGAGAUUGCUAACACUGUGGUUUGACUACGGUCACUAUUCUGAGGUGCAUGAAUCCUUGAUUGAAGGGAUAAAAACCAUGCAGAUUGAGAACUGGCUGCAGGUCAUACCCCAGCUGAUUGCCAGAAUUGACACUCCUCGUCAUUCAGUCGGGCGACUAAUUUCACAGUUGCUAAUUGACAUUGGCAAAGCUCACCCCCAGGCUCUUAUCUACCCGUUGACAGUAGCAUCGAAGUCCAGUGUUUUAGCUCGACAAGCUGCCGCCAACAAAGUUCUUAAGAGCAUGUGUGAGCACAGUAAUACUCUGGUAAAACAAGCCGUUCUGGUGAGUGAAGAAUUAAUCCGUGUGGCCAUUUUAUGGCAUGAACUAUGGCAUGAAGGCUUAGAAGAAGCUUCUAGGCUCUACUUUGGGGAGAAAAACAUCAAAGGGAUGUUUGAAACUCUUGAACCUCUACAUCGUAUGAUGGACAGGGGACCUCAAACCAUGAAAGAAAUCUCUUUUAGCCAGGCAUAUGGCCGAGACUUGCUUGAGGCCCAGGAGUGGUGCAAGAUAUACCAGCGUUCAGCGCUGCUGAAAGAUCUUACACAAGCCUGGGAUCUUUACUAUCAGGUCUUCCGGCGAAUAACCAAGCAACUCCCUCAGUUAACUUCUUUGGAAUUGCAAUACAUGUCGCCAAACUUACUGCGGUGUCAAGACUUGGAACUGGCUGUCCCCGGCACAUAUGACCCGAACCAGCCUGUUGUGUGCAUCCACCAUGUUCAAACUACUCUCCAAGUGAUCACAUCCAAACAGCGACCUCGAAAAUUGAGCAUAUAUGGUAGCGAUGGCAAGGAUUAUGUCUUUCUUCUAAAAGGACAUGAAGACCUUCGACAAGAUGAGAGAGUGAUGCAAUUGUUUGUUUUAGUCAACUCAUUAUUGGCAAACAAUCCAAAAACAUUCCGCCGAAAUUUAUCGAUAACUCGAUAUGCUGUUAUUCCACUGUCUACUAAUUCUGGCCUCAUUGGCUGGGUGCCUCACUGUGAUACACUACACUCUCUCAUCAGAGAUUACCGUGAAAAGAAGAAGAUCCUGCUCAACAUUGAACAUCGCUUAAUGCUUCGGAUGGCUCCUGACUAUGACCACCUUACAUUAAUGGAAAAAGUGGAAGUGUUUGAGCAUGCUUUGGAACACACCCAAGGUGAUGACCUUGCUAAGAUUCUCUGGUAUAAAUCACCAAGUUCUGAGGUUUGGUUUGAUCGUCGAACGAAUUAUACUCGUUCAUUGGCUGUUAUGUCUAUGGUUGGAUAUAUACUUGGUUUAGGUGACAGACAUCCUUCUAAUUUAAUGUUGGAUCGUAUGAGUGGUAAAAUUAUACACAUUGAUUUUGGUGAUUGUUUUGAAGUUGCAAUGACUCGUGAAAAAUUCCCUGAAAAAAUUCCAUUCCGCUUGACUCGAAUGCUUAUUAAUGCUAUGGAGGUAACUGGUAUUGAUGGCAUUUAUCGACACACUUGUGAAAGUGUCAUGUCAGUUCUCCGCGAAUACAAAGACAGCCUGAUGGCUGUUCUGGAAGCCUUCGUCUAUGAUCCUCUACUCAAUUGGCGAUUAAUGGAUGCAAAUGAUAAGCCGAAAGGAAAAGCUGAAACGUCGGAUUCUAUGCCCAGUAGUCAGGAACGAGGUGAACACCUCAUGGAAGCUGGUGAUAUGCAAACUACACACAAGAAAACUACUGGCCAGAAUACCACUGUUGCUGCUGCUACUGCUGCUGCUGCUGCUCCAGAAAUGAUACAUUCUCUUUCUGACACAGUUCAACCAGAGGCUUUGAACAAGAAGGCCAUAUCUAUAAUCAACCACGUCAAAGAGAAACUGACAGGUCGUGACUUUUCAAAGGAGGAAGCUGUGGAAGUCUCCCGGCAAGUUGACCUUCUCAUAUGUCAAGCAACAUCCCACGAGAAUCUAUGCCAGUGCUAUAUAGGAUGGUGUCCAUUCUGGUAGUGAUUCAUGGUGCUUAAAAAUGGAAUAAAUGUUUGAGAACGUAAAGAACUUCUUAUCCAAACAAAUAGAGAGACUGUCUGUACCAGUACUGGUUGUCAGCCGUCAGGCUAACAAAACCAUAAGUGGAUAUAACCAAAAAUAAAAAUCACUCCCAGAGAACUAUUGGCUGAUAGAAUUGGCUGGGUCUUCAUUUUUAUCAAUGAGUUUUAGUAAUACAGAGAUCUGUUCAUCUGUAUUAAUUUGGUGAAUGUGGAUUUUAUUUUCGCAUAUCUUUAUUAUGCAUAAAGCCACAUGUUGUAUGAUUGUGCAAUGUUGAUACUUUUUACUGAAUGCAAUCUAUGCCUGCAACAUGUGUGCCACAUGUUGCAGUGUGCAAGUCACAUAUUAGAGACAGGGGUGGGGUGAUCAUACUCUAAAGCUAGGCCUUCUCAUAAACAUUCUUCAAGAGGUUUAUGUGUUACAUUCAUUGAAAUCCAUUACUUACCUUACACCAAGGAAUAAAACAAAAAAAAACAAGACAUAAGCUUGAGACUCCGCUACAAUUAUUUAUAUAAUGAAACAAUUCUUCUUUGUUUUGAAGUCCAGUUUACUAACCUGAUGUAUUAUCUUGUGGAGACCACUCAUUUAUCUCCUCCAAUUGUCUGUGUAUGCAUGUGUGUGUGUGUAAAUCUUAAAAUUUUUUUUUUCUUUUCUUUACAAUUGUAAAUUAUUUUAAUAGCAUCUCCUGAUAAUUAAAUUGAGCUUUAUUUAAAAUUGGUCUCUUGACAUGAAUUGUUUGUGAUAUGUAUCGCUAGCAGCCAACUUAACAAAGCCCAAAGGAAUACAUGUUCAAUUUCCUAAACCUUAAAAACACAUUAAAAUGCUGCAUUCCUUAUACAUUAAAGGAAUUCAUUACUCCCCCCCCCCCCCCCCCCUCCGUAUACUUUUUCUGUAUAAAACUGAUUGGAUUAGUUUUGUGUUAAUAUUUUAGAGGCAUAGGUGGGGAGAAACGAGGGAGAGGGGGUGCAAAAUUGCUUUAGGAUUUUCACUGACAAUUCAACAAGGGAUGAGAUAAGGGGUUAGACAUAAGGUUUAUUUACUUUGCUGAAAGAUUUUUUUUUUUUCUUCUUCUUAAACUUGAUAAGCAAAUAAGCUUUUUUUUUUUUUUAUCCGAAUUUGUCUGUGUAGGAGAGAAAUUGUUUAGUUAAACUAUAAGUACCAACAUGAUAUUCUCCUAUUUCACAUAAAUCAAGUUUUCUCUUUCAUCAGCAAGUGAGAAGAAAAUGAAAAGAUGAUUUGGUACAUCAAAAUAUUAAAACUAUCAUUCCAUUACCAAGUUGGUUUUUUUUUUUCUUUCUUUUUUUUCCAUUACAUUUUAAUUUUCUGUAAAAUGAUUUUACAAUAAUUAUUUUGGUUCUUUAAUCAGAUUUCUUACAAUCAAAAUUAAAAUUCUUGGAAACAAAAUCAAUUAUGAUAUUAUUAAGAAAGUUAUUUGAGACAAUGGUUUAACUAUUGUCAGAAGGUUUCAUAAUUAAAACGGAAAAAAUUAAAAAAUUUGGUGGUGACCACUAAAUUAUAGUCUUGUAAAUAUUUUUAGAAUAUUCUGCUUUAAUUUGCUGCAGAUACAGUAAGGUAAUUCAAUGUGUGUGUGUGAUUCUUAAAUACAAUUAUUAUAUGCAUAUAAUGUCUACUUGUCUGCUGACUCAUUAUUUCGGGAUUUCAAGUGAUGAAAGAACACUUCUGUGUUUUCUCAAGCUUCUAUGAACUAUAUUCACAGACUGAUGAUACUUCAACUGUUAAAUUCUGUGGUGUUUAUCUAAUGUAUCUUUUAUUUGAUAACACCUGAUUGAUUUCAGAGUCUUCAACCUGUUUAAUAUCAUCUUUUGGUUUAAUUAUUUCUGCUGAUUGUCCCACCACCACCACCACCACUAACCCCAUCUGAUUGUACAAACAGUUCAUUUUAGUGAAUGAUAUAUUGAAUGUGUUUAAUUAAGGUGGCAAGCUGCUGGGCUUAUUUCCACACCAGACAAAAUGCUUGGCAGCAUCUGUUCCCGCUUUACAUUCUCAGUUCAAACUCCACUGAGGUUGACUUUGCCUUUCAUCCUUUCGGAUGAAGUGAACUAAGUAUCAGUUGAGUUCUAGAGUUGAUGUAAUUCACUGGCUCCCUCCCACCAAAAUUUCAGGUUUUGUGCCUAUAGUAGGAAAGAUUAUUAUUAUUAUUAUUAUUAUCAUUGAGUCAGUCAGAUGACAGAAUUGUUAGCAACAUUCCUUUCAGCUCUUUACAUUCUGAGCUCAAAUCCUACCAAUGUUAACUUAGCCUUUCAUCCUUCAAGUGUCAGUCAAGUGCUUGGGAUUUCAUGUAAUUGGCUGAUCACUUCACCUCAGAAUUGCAGGCUUUUUUGCCAAAAUUAUGAUUAUUUUACAAAACUUACCAUGACUGGAAGUUGUCUCUUCUUUCUAGGUUUUUGAUUUCCUGUUUUUCACUUUUCCAUAUAGACAAAAAAGAAGCAAAUGACAAAUUUAUUGGGAUUCCCCCCCCCCACGCCCCCAAGCUAUCAAUCACUGUUCACUAUUUUAUUUUAUACGUAUUGUUGUACAGCUUGUUUAAGUGGGUAUAUAUAGUAAUCAUUUAUACAGUUAAUCUCUUUUGUUACCAAAUUUCUGUUUCAAUUAAUUUUAAAUAUAAUGAAAUAUUUAGUAAAAUAAUUUUAUUAUUAAUCUGGGACCCGGAGCAUAAAUUAACAUGAAGUUUUGAUGGAAUGUUUUAAUUUAAAUCGCUUUAAAACAGGAGGAUUAUAUCAUAACCGGGGUUGAUCUGAGGCAGGUUGGUAUCAAAAGGGUUAAGCUAUGACAUCAUCAUCUUUGUAUAAAAAACAAAAAAAUCAACACCGUCUGUCUGUAUGAAUUACUUCUCUUCCAUAGCUCAACUACAAUCUCCCCAAAUCAUCCUGAUAUUUAUUUAGAUGAGGUAAUAAUAAUGAUAAUGGUAAUGAUGAUCUAGUUUAGCAAUACGUAAGGAAGAGUUCUUUUUGUUUUUUAAUCAUAUUUUACAAAAAAAAAAAAAAGGGCUUUUCUUUAUUAACCCUUUUACUGCAGAAAUCAGUUUUAUAUACAAAUCUUUUUCUUGUUGAGGAAUGUUUUUAUGUUUGAAAAUAUUUUCUCUUGAGCUAUGUUGAGUUUCAUCAAGUAACAAUGACUUGCAGAAAAUGCAGUUUUAUUUUUUUGGUAAAUAUUUAAAUAAAAUUCUUUUGUUAUUCCA